AUGGCGCAACAUUCCGGAAAGUCGCUGCAGGAGGUGGCGACGCUCGCAGGGGCUGGUCAUGACAUCAUGCGAUAUCUCGACUUGCGCGGAGUCAAGUCUGUCGGGACUUUAGCCAUGCUCGGGCCCUCCGAAUCAGAGUUUGAGCAGUUUCUUAUCCAUCCGCUGUUGCAGGGUUGGGGGUCAGGGGCCGAUCGCAUCGAGGUUGCUGAAGCCGAGAAGCCUAUUGCAACUGCCAUCCUUAAAUACAUGAGGGCUCUGGCGGUCGAGGAUCGUAAAACCGCCACAGCCGCUCAUCAAGCCCCCGCCGUGCCAGCAAAUCAGCAGACAGCGGCAGCUGCGGGAACAUCAGCGGCAGCAGGCGAUCCAGAGAAAGUGCCCAGGACUUUGCCAGCAGGAGUUUGGGCCCAGCAGCUCAAGCGAUAUCAGAGGGUCUUGAUUGAUGGCACUCCGCGUCCCUUUCCGGAGAAACAAAUCUUGGGGGCGGAAGCCACCCUAGCAAAGUUGUGGCAUCAGUUGCACACAUCCAAGACCUACGCUCCGCUUCCUUUAGGUGAGGUGAUCGCUAAGCGCAGCUUUGAUGCCGGUGCCACGGUAAACCCGCUGAGCAAGCGGUCCAUCUCCCAGAAGGUCGUCAUCGAUGUGGACAAGGACCAGCUUCGCACGGAGGAACCUGAUGAGACUUGGGAGCCCCGUUCGUUGUUAGCAGUAAUUGAUGCUCUCAACGCCGUGAGGUGGGCAUACGUCUUCGUAGAAUAUGGUCCUGAACUGGAAGUGCACGCCCUUUUCGACGUCUUCGAGCAACGAGCUAGGCAGCGUUCUUCACAUCUUGACCUUUUCCGUCAGUACUACGAGGCUGCAGCUCUGCAUCUGUGCAUGCAGAUGAGAGCGGGGCUCACAUUCACGGAGGCUGCGAAGAUGAUCAUUGAGGACACGCACAUGUUCCAGGAGGUGAUGUCGCGAGAUAGUCCCGUCAAGAAGCCCCCGCCCAAACGCAGACUGGAUGAUCCGGCCAGGGCUGGUGCGCCAGAACCCAAGCGUGGGAGGUGGGGUGCGCCGCAGCGUGGACGAGGCAGGGGUGCGGGUCGCAGCUCAUCUUGGCAGUCUUGGGACAGCCGAAAGUGGGAUGACAAGAGCCAGCGGGACUGGUAUCAGCACUCCCACAAGGACAAAGAGAUGCACAGCCCCGUUCCACAGCUGCUGCAGGAUGUCAAGGAGAAUCCUCAUCCUCAGCAGUUCGGCCUCGGACCUCAGAAGAGUGGCCUUGGCGUGCCAGUGCGCGCGCUGUUGAGCUGGGAGGUUGACCCAGCUGCGCGGGCCAUCGCGCAAAAGGCAUUUCAAGGGCUCCGGUAUGACAGGGGAGACUUCACGCAGGAUGAAGCCUCCGCGGUGGCAACGCUGGUCAGGGACACAUGCCAGGGAAGUCGACUGCCAGUGUUGAUCACAGCUGGGCCUCCCUGCCCAGACUACUCCAAGAUCAAGUCACAUCCCGCGGGGCGUGAUGGAUCUAGCGGAGGCCUCUUUGUGCAGUUUACGCAGUUUCUUGCGGAGUUGGAGGCGCAAUUGAGUGACUUCCAUUGCUUGAUCCUGGUAGAGAACGUUCAUAUGGCCAAUGGGGCGGACAUCGCCUGGUUCAGCCAUGCGAUGAAGGCCAGUCCUAUCCUAGCAGAUGCUGCUGACUAUGGCCUCAUUGCUAGGCCCAGGCUGUGGUGGUCACGGGUGAACUGGACUAAGGUGAAUCAUCAUCCUGAGCAUGGUGGAGAACUCAAGUGGACUAAACAAGGUAAGGUUCACAGGCUCAAACUGGACGUUUGUCGAGAUGAGCCGUCCCAGAUUGCCAUGAAAGGAUUGAGUUUUCACCCCAAGGUCAAUGAUGGAUCAUGCCGACUCCCGUGCCUCACAACCCCUGCUCCAGAUAGUAGUGGCCGCGAAGCGCCACGCUCUAUGAAGGGGCGACUUGACUCCGCCACGCGGGGAAGAUGGUUGCAAGGCGCAAGGCAAUAUGCUCCAUGGCACUAUGCCGACACUGCCAUGGUGAAGGACGCACAUAACGUCUUGCAGUUGUUGCCGGCUGAGGUGAAGGAGCAGCUUCAUCAUUUUGAUGUUGGGUUCACAUCCUCGCCGCAACUCACGCCCCGGGACCGGCAUAGGUUGCUAGGGAACUCGUGGCACGUUGGUGUUGCGAAGAUCCUGUUGGCCUUAGUGCUGGCGGAGACUCGGGGUAGCAGUCCUAUUGACGAGAGUGCCACUCAAGAUUUUGGGAGCACCUUGAAGGAGGUGACCGCUAGUGCAAAAAGGGUUGGCAUACCGAUGCACAAGGCUCCUGAGCUUGGGGCACACAUACUCAUGAUGCCUGCUGAAAACAUGCUGCAGCACUGGGAGCACUCACAGCAUGCGUUGCACCCUCUUGACAUUCCGCCCGUCGUAGAUCCCGCCAUUGAGAAAACAGCGUGCCGGUUGUUGGCCGUUGGCGCGCAGGUGAGUGAGCUCAGGACUCGCGUCCUGGCAGACGUUCGGGAGCUUAUUCGGGUUUCGCGUUCUAGCACUGAGGAGUGGUUCAAGUCUUUGCCCCCACAUGUCCAGGACGCAUACCGCUUGGAGGACGGUCGCAUUGUGCAGAUACCUGUGUUUAUUCGGCUGCUCCAAAGUUGCAAUUAUGAGGACUGUCAUAACCUGCAGCGAGAUCUCAGCGAGGGAUUCCCGCUGCUGGGCGAGCUCCCAAGAUCACCAGGUUGGCAACCGCGGACAGAUGAGAAGUAUCAACAUCCCAUUGACAGGCAGACCUUUGCCGCCCUCAACUUUUCUUAUGUGUGUCAGAAAUUGGCCAAACCAAAAGUAGACCCAGAAUGGAGGACUUUGCUCGAGGAAAUCACGGAGGAAGUGGCCCAGAAUCGAAUGCAGGGCCCGUUCACGGCCCCAUCAAGUUGGCCGCGGCAGACAGUCGCAGUGCCUGACCGAGAAGGGUUCACACACUGCCGGCCAUUGCUGGACACUCAGCCUCGUGUAGCGGGGGCGUUCUCGGUAGUACAAAUGGGUAGUGAUGGGCGGCGCAAGGUCAGGAGAUGCGAGGGUUAUCGCCGUAGUCAUCAUAAUUCAACAAUAAAGGCGCUAGACGUGCCGGCGCAUGACACGGUGGACACAUACGUGCAGCUGAUCCGUUUCCUGCGCGGGCUCGGACUGCGAUGCACCAUCUGGUGCCAGGAUCUUUGGGCCGCAUACCGGCAAUACCCAGUGGCCAGACCGGAUGAGGCGUAUGUGUUGCUGCAAUUGCCACAUGGACCUAGCCUGUGGCGGCAUUCGGUGCUCCCUUUUGGCAGCAGUUCCUCUGUUUGGUGCUUCAACCGCUGCACGGACGCGUUGCUUUUCCUGGGCCGGUGCUUGCUACUGUGCUUGGUGCUGCGUUUUGUGGAUGAUAUCGGGUCUCCUGACGCGGAGUGGAGUGCCAACAGUAGUUUCUCGGCUUUCAGCGAGCUUUGUGAAUUGUUGGGUUUGCGGUUGAAACCUUCUAAAGCCCAACCCCCGAGCAACGUGCAGAAGUUGUUAGGGGUGACCAUUUCCGUGAAGGAAGAAGGUAUUGUCCUUGAACCCACGCCGCAAAGGAUACAGAAGGUUAGGGCUGCGUUGCAACAGGCGCUGGCGUCUGACAGUCUGACUCCCGAAGAGGCGGCUCGCAUCACGGGCAAGAUCAACUUCCUGAAUACCACCAUGUUCGGGCAAUUGGGUGCAUCGGCCAUGCAACCACUUUACGCCAGAGCAAGAGACUGCCGGGGAGAUUCGAGUCAUAGUCUCAAUGGGGCGUUGAGGAGCGCGUUGACCACUCUGAACGCUAUUCUCGCCAAUCCAGUCCCCAGGGUCAUCCCAUAUGGCGAUGGAGCGCCAGCGCAGAUUGUGUUGUAUGCAGAUGCCUUUUUCGAGCUGGGAGACUCUUCCUUUGGGCUGGCAGACAAUCCGCCGGAGCAUUGGUCCACUUCUCGUUGCCGAUAUUAUCGAAAUGGUCUGGGAUUCGUUUUGCGCACUCCGCAGGGAGUGCGUUGCACACACACUUCGGUGCCAGCGUACGUGCUUUCUUUGUUUUCAUCUAGAAGGGCUUAUAUUUAUGCUCUGGAAAUCUUAGCGCAGCUUCUGGGUGUCUUGACCAGCUUGGAUGUAGUGCGCGGCCGCUGGAUUGGUUUCAUUGACAACACCGCAGGCAGGGCGGCUUUGAACAGAGGAUAUGGGCGAGACCCGGCCAUCAACCACCUAUUAGCAUUCUUCUGGGCCUUCGCAUCAAGAGUGCAGUGGAGCCCACAUUUUGAAUGGGUGCCGAGCGAGCUAAACGUAUCUGACCCGAUUUCGCGAGGGGAUUGGGAGUUGGCCUCACGCGGAGGCUGGAGCAAGCUAGACUCUCCUUUGGAGCCCUUGUGGCGCAUAUUCGCCAAGGUCGCAGGGGACUUGCGCUACGCGGUCGGUCAGGCCGUGGAUGAUGUGGUGGCCCUUCAGUGGACCGAGAAGGCGAAUGCGAAUCCACGUGAGCUUCACCCGAGAUUCAAGCACACCACAGCUCCGUGGGAUGGUGAAGACAAAGCAUCGUAG